AUGCCCGACACAGGUAUCUCCCGCGAAUACCAACACUUACAACACCAUUGUGAAGGGCCAUUGUCAGGCGGGGAACACUAAUCUGGCUUUGCAGCUGGUCAGGAAAAGGCUAGAUCUCGGGCUUUGUCUCUUACAGCACGGUUAUUAACGGCUUCUGCAACGAAGAGCCUCUUCGAGGAGAUGACCACAAGCCGCACCAAGCCGAAAGUCAUCACAUACAAUGCUCUCAUCAAGGGAUACUGCAAGGGGGGCAACACAUAUUAG